AUGCAACCAGGCGAGGAAGGGGACGCAGAACAGGAGUUGGAAGAGGACUUAGAACAGGGGUCGGAAGAGGACGCGGAACAGGGAUCGGAAGAGGACGUGGGACAGGACGUGGUACAAGAAAUAAAGGGAAAAGGCGUAGUCGCGGACUUGAAACAAGAAGAGGUCAGGACAAUGAGGGUGAAGAAUGCGGUGUUAAUGAAGACUAUCCUAAUAGCGGAACAUGGAGUGUGCAAGAGUUUGGACCCUCGUUUCCCCCAAAUGAUUCAGCCUGCUUAUCUGGUUAAAGACAAGAUGAUGAGCUCAUUGAUCUCAUACAGAGAAAGUCUAAUCAGACUGCCAUCGAAAAAUCAGGACGUAGCUUGUUUCUAA